GCCAGAUCGAACAGCUGGUCUGUCUGUACCUUCUUGUGCAACAGCCACGUCCACCUCUCCUACGACCUCACUCCCUCCGUCGAUCUCCCGCUUCCCACGAUGGCUCAACAGAGAGGCCCUUCUUACGGCUUGGGUGCCGGUGGCCCCUCGGCCUCCUUUGGCGGCCCCAGUGGCGACAGCUCCGAGUCCAGCCCCCUGGACAUGAUCCGUCAACAGACAAGCAAGAUUGAGGACAUGUUGGACACCCUCAGCGAGCCCCUCAAGCCUUACCUGCCCGCCAUUGGCCGCUUCCUGAUCGUCGUUACCUUCCUCGAGGAUGCUCUCAGAAUCAUUACGCAAUGGAGCGACCAGCUCCUGUACCUUCACGACUACCGCCACAUUCCCUCGGGCAUCACCCACCUAUUCCUCAUUGUCAAUGUUCUGGCCAUGGUCGCAUGCUCCACCCUCGUCAUUAUCCGCAAGUACUCCGACUACGCAGUCGCCGGCCUUAUGGGCGUCGUCGUCACGCAGGCUCUGGGAUACGGCCUGAUCUUCGACCUUAACUUCUUCCUCCGCAACCUGUCCGUCAUUGGUGGUCUCCUCAUGGUCCUCUCCGAUUCGUGGGUUCGCAAGACCAAGGCUUUUGCUGGUCUGCCCCAGCUUGACGAGAAGGACCGCAAGAUGUACUUCCAGCUUGCUGGCCGUGUUCUGCUCAUCUUCCUCUUCGUCGGCUUCGUCUUCAGCGGCUCCUGGUCCGUCUGGCGCAUCAUUACCUCCCUGGUUGGCUUCGUUGCCUGCGUCAUGGUUGUUGUUGGCUUCAAGGCCAAGUUCAGCGCCACUCUCCUGGUCCUGAUUCUUAGCAUCUUCAACAUCCUUGUGAACAACUUCUGGACUCUCCACGAGCACCACCCCCACAAGGACUUCGCCAAGUACGACUUCUUCCAGAUCCUCUCUAUCGUCGGUGGUCUCCUCCUGCUCGUCAACGCCGGACCUGGACAGUUCUCCAUCGACGAGAAGAAGAAGGUUUACUAGGAGAAGAACACCUGAGGAGGAAAACAUAAAGCCCAGUUUCGGAAGGGCUGAUCAUACCUUUGGGGAAAAGAAAGACAAAAGACGAUCGAAAUCAUCUAGUCGCUUUCUUGGCAUUACGAACGGCAUU